AUGAACGACUCCGAGCCUGGGCUGUUUGUCGAAUUUUGGGAGAAUUUCACAUGGAAGAAAUACUUGGACCAUCCGGCGCGCCAUCUUGCUAAACUAUUUAGCCUGUCGUAUUCAGUUGCCGAGCUGACGAACAAUGAGAUUGCUGUUCAGUGCCAGAACGACCAUAUGAUGCCAAUGAACGCCAAAAGGUCAUCUUCAUCUUCUCUUGGUGUGGCAGUUGCUUUGUAUACGACACGCGAUUGGACAAGCACUAUCCUUGGUAGGGAAUCAUGUUACGAACAUACGGUGGACGGAGGACGUAGGACUUUGGCAGAUCUGUUGCAAGAACACUUCUUGGGAGUCGGUUGAACGCACAAAUGAUAUACCAAAACUUUCGUUAGCUAGCUGGAUGGAGCAUAGAUAAGGACUGUUUUCUAUUUCAUCGUCGUUAACCCGUGAUUGAGUUAAGCCUGGCGGCCGCAACGUUUUUUCUAGAUCAAUGAAGAUUGGCUCGGCGUGAUGGACACUUGAUAGGAAUCCAAAAAAACU